CAGAAAACGAAAACGGGCACAUUCUAAACGGGAGGAAGGAGUAUAAGAAAGUGUACACGUCAGUACAACGUAUUUGUUACAACAGUGUUCAUCGUCUUAUCUGUCUUCAGCACAUAUACAUAAGGCCUCUUAAAUUUUAAAUAACUCGCUAAUCUAGAGUCUAGACAAUCAUGGAGGUUUUGAAGGGAUACUACAUGACAGCGUUGUUAGCUCUGCUUUUUUCUUGCAUAAUUGCAAAGCUGUUUUCUGAUGUCUUGUCCAGCGAUGUCAACAAGACUGCUAAAAGCAGCCGAGUUGUUGCGGCAAAACGAUCAACUGUUGAUCAUGUGAAGAUGCCCGAUCAAGAUGCAGGACAGGUGCUUGUUAAAAAGUCCCAAAAGGUUGAGCAAUGUUUUGAUGCGAGUGAUGGCGGGUCAGGAGAAGAGGAAUCAAAGAAUAUUGAAUUUUCAGAGGAUGGGGCUGUUACAGAGAAGGUCCGAGCCUCAAAGGUUGAUGCUUUUUGUGUUCAUAUUGAAGGGGAAAGAACCAUGAUAGGAGAAAACGGGGUGGUCGGGACUGGAGGUGGAUUUAGAGAAGAGGAUGAGGAUCAAGAUUGGGAAGGAAUUGAGAGAAGUGAGCUGGAGAUGGUGUUCGGCAAGGCAGUUAACUUGGUGGAGUGUGGGGGAGAUGAAGCACUAUCAAAUCUGGGAAUAGAGUUGCAGAUGCAGCUGUAUGGCCUUCAGAAAGUAGCAAUGGAAGGGCCUUGUUUUGAGCCUCAGCCAAUGGUAUUCAGAGUCUCUGCCCGAUCCAAAUGGAAUGCUUGGCGAAGACUGGGAAACAUGAGCUCAGAGGUGGCUAUGGAGCAAUACGUUAAACUUGUAUCUGAUUCUGUUCCUGAUCGGGAUGGUUGUGUAAGUACUUCUUCAGAAACGGUAAAAGGCGAUGACCCUGGUAACUUGAACUGAAACAGGCAGUUGAAAAGUGAGAUUUGCUAGCAGCAAUGUAGGUGGUAAUUGUUUCAGCUAAUCCUUUGAACUGUUUAUACUUCCUUGGUGCAAAAUAUAGUAUCCAUAUUGGAAUAUGUGAUUGUUUUUAUGUUCUUGUGUGGCAUGAUGUAAUAAAACUUUCUUAUGGGUAUUAUUUAUGAUGUAGCUGCCUCAUUUUGGAUUAUUUUUCCAGGAAUAAGCAAUAUGGGAAUUGAUAGCCAAAUGCUUCAUUGUCAUCUGAUCAUCUCUCAUGACUGAAUCUGAAGAUGUGUUUCAGUAAUUGCAAGGCCUUUUGUGUCGUAGUAAUAAAAUUGUUUUCUCGUUCUUCAGUUCAUUACUCCUUGAUGUUUAAUGUUAAUGGCUAUGUAAGACCUUCGAUAUGUAAUUAUGUAAAUUACCUCGUAUAUAUCAUUGAUGGAUUUAUGGGACUAGGCCCAGAGCCUAAUUGGCCCAGGCCCCGAACUUGGACCCGUGUAUCCAAGUUCACAACCUGGAGCCUACCUACCAGACCAACGGGGAGCCUGUCAGUCCGGGUGACCUCCCAGCCCAGAAGAGUAACGGUCAAGCAAUUAAUGCGCUGUUUAAUUAUGUAUUUAAUUCCGUUUUAAUGUUGUAAUUAAUUAGUCAUUAUUAUUGGUAGCGGUUACAAUUUGUAUACGCUUAUAAAAGGUGGGUUGUAAUUCUAGUUAGGGGAGGCGAUUUCAUAUUCUAUUCUUGGCAACUAAAACCUCUCUAGCACUUUCCAUUUUCGCAUUGUUUUCUUGAUUUUCUGUUUGAGUGUUGUACAUAGCUUUCCUAAACGCUUACGAGCGUCCUAUUUUGGAC